AUGCCGGGUUCCGAGUUAAGUCAUGCCUCGGCGGCGGACGAUGCUUUGGUCUGGAUCGACUGCGAGAUGACGGGCUUGAACCCCGACACCGAGGAGAUUCUGGAAAUCUACUGCAUCUUGACGACGGGAAACCUCGACAUCAUCGACCCCGAGGGUUUCCACGCCGUCAUCCACUGGCCGGCCUCUCGCCUGGACCAGAUGGACGAGUGGUGCACAAACACGCACGGCAACUCAGGCCUGACGGCAGCCGUGAUGGCCUCAGACACCACGCCGGCCCAGGCAGCCGAGGGUCUGUACCGCUACAUCACAAAGUUCAUCCCCAAGCCGCGGACGGCGUUGCUGGCCGGCAACAGCGUGCAUGCCGACAGGGCCUUUCUGCGAAGAGAGCCGUACGGCAGGGUCAUGGAGCACCUGCACUACCGCAUCAUGGACGUGAGCUCGAUCAAGGAGGCAGCUCGGCGGUGGAGCCCGCAGCUUCUGUCGCGGGCGCCGGCGAAGAAGGGGAGCCACAAGGCGAGGGACGACAUCCUGGAGAGCAUCGAGGAGGCCCGGUACUACAGGGAGGCCAUCUUUGGGGCAUCGGCUGAUGUCAGCCCAAAGCAAACCAAUUGCGCGUCAUUGAUGUCAUUGCUGGACGGGCGCUGGGCUUUCGUUGGGCCAAAGGCGACGACUUUGACCGCCAUGAGGCAACGGCUGCAGCUCCAGUUUGGCAUUGGGAUUUGCAAUUCAAUCCGCACUCAUCAGCAAUCCCCCUACAAUCUCUCACCCGCCGCCAUGAGUGCCAGCAUUCAGACUGUCGAGUUCGAGCCCUUCCAGGACCAGAAGCCCGGAACUUCUGGCCUGCGGAAGAAGGUCGUCGUCUUCCAGAAGCCGCACUACAGCGAGGCCUUUGUCGCCAGCAUCCUCCUGUCCAUCCCCGAAGGCGCCGAGGGCGCUUUCCUCGUCAUCGGUGGCGAUGGACGAUUCUAUAACCCCGAGGUGAUCCAGCUGAUUGCCAAGAUCAGUGCCGCGUAUGGCGUCAAGAAGCUUCUCAUCGGCCAGAACGGAAUCCUCUCUACUCCCGCGGCUAGCCAUGUCAUUCGCCUUCGCAAGGCGACGGGUGGUAUUCUGCUCACAGCCAGCCACAACCCUGGCGGCCCUACCAACGAUUUCGGCAUCAAGUACAACCUGGCCAACGGUGGUCCCGCUCCCGAGUCUGUUACCAACAAGAUCUACGAGACGUCCAAGACCUUGACGUCGUAUAAGCUUGCUUCCAUCCCCGACAUCGACAUCUCCACCAUUGGCACCUCUACCUAUGGCUCCCUCGAGGUCGAGGUCAUUGACAGCACCGCCGACUACGUCACCAUGCUCAAGGACAUCUUUGACUUUGACACCAUCAAGAAGUUCUUCUCCUCCCACCCCGACUUCAAGGUCCUGUUUGAUGGCCUCCACGGCGUCACUGGCCCCUACGGCAAGGCCAUCUUUGAAAAGGAGCUUGGGCUCACCGGCGCCACCCAGAACUGCAUUCCCAGCCCCGACUUCAAUGGUGGACACCCCGACCCAAACCUCACCUACGCCCACUCCCUGGUCGAGGUUGUCGACAAGAACGAAAUCCCCUUUGGUGCCGCUUCCGAUGGUGAUGGUGACCGAAACAUGAUUUACGGCGCCAACGCCUUUGUCUCUCCCGGAGACUCUCUCGCCAUCAUUGCCCACCACGCCAAGCUCAUCCCCUACUUCCAGAAGAACGGCGUCAACGGCCUUGCUCGAUCCAUGCCCACCAGCGGUGCCGUCGACCUGGUUGCCAAGGCACAGGGCCUCACCAGCUACGAGGUCCCCACCGGCUGGAAGUUCUUCUGCGCCCUCUUCGAUGCGAAGAAGCUGUCCAUCUGUGGUGAGGAGAGUUUCGGAACUGGUAGCGAUCACAUCCGUGAGAAGGAUGGCCUGUGGGCCAUCGUUGCCUGGCUGAACAUCAUCGCUGCCCUUGGCGUCCAGAACCCUGGCGUGACCCCUUCCAUCAAGCAGAUCCAGAAGGACUUCUGGACGCAAUACGGACGCACCUUUUUCACCAGAUAUGACUACGAGAAUGUCGACUCUGACGGCGCCAACAAGGUUGUUGGCGAGCUCGAGGCUUUGGUGGCCGACCCCAAGUUUGUGGGCAGCACCAUUGGCGAGCGCACCGUCACCAAGGCUGGCAACUUCUCCUACACUGACCUGGAUGGCUCAGUCUCGUCCAACCAGGGCCUGUACGCCGGCUUCUCCUCUGGCAGCCGCAUUGUCGUGCGUCUCUCCGGUACUGGCUCAUCCGGCGCUACCAUCCGUCUGUACAUUGAGCAGCACACCAGCGAUCCUUCCAAGUACGACCUUGAUGCUCAAGACUUUUUGAAGGACGAGGUCAAGUUUGCUACCGAGCUGUUGAAGUUUAAGCAGCACAUUGGCCGCGACGAGCCUGAUGUCAAGACCUAA